UUUACAUAUAUUAAGUAAACAUUAAAUAAUUCGGGCACGGUUGUUAUGAUAUAAACGCUUGUCGUCGGGCACAUUGCACCACAAACACCACAACAAUUAACACACACGUAUAUACAUUACCACAUAUACACACAACAGUUACUAUGGGUCGAUCAAGCCAAAACCACAAACUAAGUGAUGAAGGCCUAAAAGCAAGGCAAGUAUACCUGAAAAAGAAAUACAAAUCACACGCAUACACGGCGGCAGGACUUACAGCAGUAACAGUGGGCACAGCAUUCCUUUUCGUACCGUUGUUGAUUGUAACCGUACCAAUCCAAGCUACUGAAGUGGUCGCCACCGUAAAAAUCAAGAGCAAAGUCAAGAAAUGCGAUAGGGAAAUGGAGAGACGGGCUACUGAACACCAGCAAAGUAAUGAAAAAACACUGUCAGCCGGGACCGAAUCUGAGGAACUCGUGGAAUCACUGAAGAAAAGUUGGGUUUUUGCGGAACCUUUGCCGGCCGAUAUUAAUGGCAACGCACCACCUAGUUACGAGACUACGAUGGUAUGCAGCGCAUAUGUACAAACAUACAAUCAGGAGGAUGAAAAUGGUGUUGUGGUGGUAGGGGAGGAUGAGGAUUGGCGCGAAGACUGCAGUACAAUAGAAGGAAAAUUGAAUAGCAAGAAGAAAGAAAAAACAAUAAGCGGAAAUGGUAUCAUAUUAGAGGACGAUGAACUAGAGUUCCUUGAACUGUAAUCGGCAAUUUUAAUUAUUUUGUCGGGAGUAUAGAAUAAGCCAGCAUAGCACAAACCGAAUAUCUUAAAAAAUAGACUUAUUACAUUAAAAUCGACUUAUUUCUCGUU